UACUCUGUGACACUUAGUGAUUUCUUGACAGACUUAUCGUUUUAAUAAUAUUAUUAUAAAAAUCUGUGUUAUAUUAUAAAAUUUCAAUUCGCGCUAUUUACCUACGAGAACGUAAAACUGAAUUUUGAAUUUUAAAUUGAUUGGUGCUUGUUCAAAAUGGGCAUCAAAGAAGCAAAUAUCUAUUUAGAUAACCAACUCAAUACUUAUUACGCCGGCCAAACUAUUAAUGGUAGAAUUGAAUACGUAUUUGAUAGUCCAAAAAAAGUCAGAGGUAUACAUGUAAAAUUUAAAGGCGAAGCACAUACUGAGUGGUAUGAGAGUAAGCAACAAGAAAAUGAUCAAGGCAAAACUGAAUCUACAGAUACAAUGCACACAGGGAAUGAAGAAUAUUUUCAAAUUUCAUACUAUUUACUUGGCAGCAAUACUGGUAAUGAGAUAGAAAUUCCAUCUGGCAAGCAAGUAUACAACUUUACCUGUACACUGCCUCCUGUGUUACCUUCAUCAUUUGAAGGUGAAUUUGGAUAUAUCAGGUACACAGUGAAAGUAACUUUAGACAGGCCUUGGAAAUUUGACCAGGAAACAAAAAUGGCCUUCACAGUUAUUAAUGCACUUGAUCUAAAUCUCAAUCCAUCUUAUAGAGAACCAAUACAUAUACAAUUGGAAAAGACAUUUUGUUGCUUUUGCUGUGCUUCUGCCCCUUUGUCCCUUGAUGUACAAGCUCCGGUUACAGGAUAUUGUCCAGGGCAAGUGAUACCUAUACGGGUUGAUGUCGAAAACAAGAGUAAUGUUCAAGUACAUCUUGUCAAAAUAUUUUUGAGAAAGGUUGUUACAUACAGAGCCACGUCACCAUCUACAGCAACCAAAAAAACAAAGGAUGUUAUAGUAACUAUUCAGGAAGGUCCCGCACCAGCUGGGACGACUAAGAAUUGGAAUUUGCAACUUGAAAUUCCACCUAUACCUCCAUCAAAUUUGGUGAACUGCAACAUCAUUGAUUUAGAUUACGAUUUCAAGGUGGAAUGUGUCGUGUCUGGUAUGCAUAUGAAUAUGAAAGAUAAGAAAUAUGUGACCAUUGGUACCGUGCCACUAGUAGGGUUAGCGCGUCAAACUACACCAACGCCGACGCAACCCACCGGCCAGUACUCUCCAAGCCAGCCUGCUGUGCUACCCGUGGGACCGGGUCAACCUGCUCAACCCACUGCGCCAUCAGCACCUAGUGGCGAACCAACACCUGGAGGGUGGGUAGUGCCGGGGACAGCACCGGCACAGCCGCCUUAUCAAACUCUCUAUCCCACACUUACGGAACCAGUAUAUAAAGAAUCUCAAUACAUGGCAAGGACUAUCCAGGACAGAGGCGAUAAUAACCACACCCAGAUAACUGGGCCUAAUAAUUUUGCUCCUUAUUACCCAACUUACGCUGCCGUACAACCUCCGCCUCUACCUCAAUAAUUACUUUGAAGCUUUAUUAACAUGUACCAGAUAUAUAUUUUGAUUUAAGCUAUAAACACUUUAUAUUGUACUUGUAAUGAAAAGCACAAGGGUGAUUGUGGCUUGCCUUACCAUUUUUAUUUUAGUAUAUUAUUAUAUUUAAUACGGUGCUAAUAUUUUGGUAUAUGUUUAAUAUAAUAUUACGAUUGGAAUAACAGUUUAAUGACUUAUUUGUUAUAUCAAAUCGCGAUUUGAUAUAACAGAUGAAAACCAUUUUAAGAAGCGAUAAAAGUACCUAAUUGUGCAUGAAAUUGAAGCUAACAAAAAUAGAAUGACCUUAUAUAUUAUUCAGCUAAGGGUUUUAUUUGCUUGCUCAAGGUAAUAUGCAAAUUUUAUUCUGCCAUAGGAGUAAUGAUAUACUUGAUAAUUAAAAACAGUUGCUAAGCCAAUGUUUGAUCAAAUGAUAAGCUCAUUCUUAUAAGUUGUAGUUAAGCAGGUAGUCAUUAGCGAGAUACUUUGGAAUGUUGUAGUAAAAUUAAAGCAGAUUAAAUCACUCGAGUUUUGAUCUUUUUAGCCAACUUGUGUGGUAAGGCAAGGGGCCAGUGGUUUUUUGUACUUUUGCAAUUAGAUUUUAUUUACUAUUGAAAUUGUAACUGACAUUAAAUUUUGUAUUCAGAUAUUAUGAUGUUAUAUAAGUCUUCUAUAUUUUAUUAAUCAUAAUCAUGUUAUUUUAUAAUAAAACGAAAAGUUAUAA